CGGUGUCCUCCCUCUUUCGACCCUCGAUAGAGACUAGUAUCCAUCCGUACCCGUACCCAGAGCUAUACGUAAGUAUGGAGGGAAGCAUUCAAAAGGACUAUCCACCGUCUCCUAACAGAGACCAGUGUGUUGAUCUUGAAGAGAGACUCGGGAGGAAGACACAAGAACUCGAAGAGCUGGAGCACCGUAUGGAGUUACUGAUGGCUGACAAUGAGGCCUUCAAACAAGAGAGGGUGGUCUUGAAACAAGAGAUAUUGCAGCUGCAUGAUGAGAUGGAGUUGGCUCGUACACAGGCCAACCUUUUUAAGCAAGAUUUCUUACAAGAGAGGAGGGACAGAGAAAUCGCUCACAAUCUCAAGGAAGAGAUUCGACUAACUUGUGAUCAAAGAGUCCACGCAAUAGAUAUCGAGUGCAAUGAGCUGACUCGAAGAAACGAGAUCCUUGUCAGAGAGCUAACAGAACUGAUAAAAACAUUGGAUCAGAAGAAGGAAGAUUUGGAGGCUAUAAAGACAGAGAGUGAAGCCACACCGGAACAAAAUGGAGUAUCGGAGGAUAGACUAAAAGAGCUUACUCAGCAGCUAGAAGAGGCCCAAGCAGAGGUCACAAACACCAAAAAAGGAUUAUCGGAUAUUGAAAACGAUAACAGCUUUCUGAGAGGAGAAGUCAUACAGUAUCAACAACGAGCAGCUGAAGCAAAAGAGAGGGCGGAAUUUGAACGAGAGAAAUCUCAUCAAAUUUUAAGGGACAGAAAACAACGUGCAAGUGAAGAAAUUGUAAGAUUCCGUCAACAAAUAUCAGAAGCUGAGAAAACUGCUCGUGUUUCUGAAGAGAAAAGAAAAAAGACCACUGAUCUACUGAAUAGCUGUCGCCGUGAGCUAGAGAGUGUGAGAGUGCAUGGCAAUGAGUGGAGGGGAGAGUUGGACAGAGCGAAAGAGACGAUUGGAGAGUGCAGGAAACAGAAUGCCACUCUUAUUGGUACUCAAAAAAAGCUAGUGGAAAAGAACAAAGCACUCGCAGAGUCCAACAUUGAGCUAAAGAAAACACUGCGUCAACUCCAGCAGAAACUCCAAGUUGGACACACCCAACACAGCUCUCUCUCACUCGUACAGCAAUUCAGUGCUUCUAAAGACCUCCAAACUGGCGGACAAAAAAGGGUCUCUUUCAAAGACAGUCACUAUCCGGAUACCCGACAAGAAAUAUUAACUUCGAGAACAGUUACGAGACAAGCCGACACAAAACCUGUCUCAAUGUACCGCGGUGCACACAUCGCUAGUCACAGUAACCAUGGACAAUCUGACGUUAAGUAUCCACUUCAAGAUAUACACUCUUCCUAUACGAAGCAACCAGAAGAAACUUUAGAAGUGUCACAAUCAUUGAGCAUCGAAUCGUCCUUUAAUCCACAGGUCACAGGUGUUUGUCAUUCAAGUGGCCACGAAUCCUUUUUUGUUCAGCCACAAUCACAUACCACAUUCAAUCACAAUCCCCACAGCCCACAAUUUCAAAAUACAACAAACCCAGCAGGAUACUACAAAAGUCCACAGCAAACUAAUCACCCUCAACAUGAAACUGAACAAGCUACAUCUAUUUCAUACGCACAAGUAUAUGUCCCCGAUAUUGAAGCACACCUGUACGUGAACCUGCUUGAAGAUGAUACUUCGGGAAACAAAACACCACCUGGUCCAGUACAGAAUGCAAUGGAGUCAAAACAACACCUGUGUGUUCAUGUACCGAAUCCUGAUAAACGUGAACUGGUAAUUGAAAACGAAGCCUCGAUAUGUGAUGGUUGCAGUGAACGAGACAUUACUUUAGAGGAAGACGAUACUGAGGACACUCAUUAUAUGAACCUGCCCCAUAAAGACGAUGGCGGACAGUACAUGAACCUACCACCAAAACCGUAGCUUGCAAUUAAAUUUUUUUACAAAAGUAUGUUUCUUUUUUAGUGAGUUGUGUUUACAAUUAUGGUCCUUAUAAUUCAAUACACCAUCAGUAAAAUUAAUUUUUGUCGAACUGCUGAA